GAUUUCCCCCAGCAAAGAGACGGCGCGCAGGAAAGUAGUGAGAUCGAAACAUCCUGUAAAAUAGGACUAACUUAAAACAAAUGCAAUAUACGGAAUUUCAGUAUUGUUUUGUCGGUGAAAAUCAACAUAAGAGCACAUAGCAAGCUAUUUGGCUGAAAUAUUGUGCUUGCAAACAAUUGAGAGUAUUCAAAUUAAGGAGCGCGUCGACGUCGGCCUGGUCAAUUUGGCUAGCCAGCUAGCUUACAGAGCUAGACCUAUCUUGAAGUUAUCGACUGCAGGACAAGCAACAUAAGAGGAAUGAGUGAUGACCUCUGUUGUGGUGGCAGACGGUGGAGGGAAUAUGGUGGAGUACGUCACUGUCAUGGAAGAGACUGAGCAGAGUCAGGAGAACCUCGGUGAGGAGGGGGAGGUGGUGCAGGAGAUAGUGGAGACUGUAAUAGGGGAGGAUGGGGAGGAGUAUCCUGCUGUGGUGGUGGAAGAGGUGCCCAGUGCCCAGUUGGAGCAGUGCUACGCUGCCCAGGUGUUGGUCUACGAUGACGGGACCUAUCUGAUGCAGGACGUGGGAGACGAGCAGGAGGUGGUCACCGAGGUAGUGGAGACAGUAGAGGUGUCGUCACACGGGGGCAUGGUGUGCUUUGAUAAGACCUUCGAGGCGGCCGAGGCCCUUCUUCACAUGGACUCCCCCAGCAGUUUCCAUGGAGACCGCAACAACACAGUGGAGGACGUGAUGAUGGAGACGGUGGUGGAGGUGUCUACAGAGUGUGAGCCCAUAGAAGAGGACAGCUUCCCUAUACCCCCUGACUAUGAGCCUCCGUCUGCCAAGAAGAAGAAAGGGGGACGGAAGCCGAAGACACAACAGCCUCAGCCUGACACCAACGGCAACAUUGACCUGGGGAUCAGGCAGAGACCCAGAGAGGGAAAAGGGAGCACCACCUACCUAUGGGAGUUCCUGUUGGAUCUCCUCCAGGAUAAGAACACCUGUCCCAGGUACAUCAAGUGGAUGCAGCGGGACAAGGGCAUCUUCAAGCUGGUCGACUCCAAGGCCGUGUCCAAGCUGUGGGGCAAACACAAGAACAAACCUGACAUGAACUAUGAAACCAUGGGCAGGGCACUCAGGUAUUACUACCAGAGGGGGAUCCUAGCCAAGGUGGCGGGCCAGAGGCUCGCCUACCAGUUUAAAGACAUGCCCAAGAACAUCAGGGUGAUCGACGAUGACAGGGAGGAGGAGGGAGAGGAGGGGGAACCCUCUGAGCACCACCAGACACUGAUUAUUGACCCUGCCACCACCACCCAGACACAGCAGAGCUACGUCACCGUCAUACCCACCUCGUCCGGCAACAGGACCAUGCGUUUGGCCAUGCCCAUGGUCAUGACGACGACACUGGGUCAGAUGACCCUCAACUCCUCCACCGUCUUCACCACCCAGGCUCCCAUCACCCUGGGCAACGCCCACGCUGGCGGGCCCAAGCUGGUGAUCCAGACCCUGCCCGCCAUGAUGCCUGCCGGGGCCAAGAGCGGAGAGAAGAUCACCAUCAUCACCAUCCCGGCGGCCCAGCUAGCUCAGCUAACGCAGGGCAACCUUUCAGCCCAGCUCUCAGGCCAGCUAGCUCAGCUCAUACAGGCUAAACCAGUCACCCAUCUGGUGCAGGCUAAACCAGUCACCCAUCUGGUGCAGGCUAAACCAGUCACCCAUCUGGUGCAGGCUAAACCAGUCACCCAGCUGGUGCAGGCUAAACCAGUCACCCAGCUGGUGCAGGCUAAACCAGUCACCCAGCUGGUGCAGGCUAAACCAGUCACCCAGCUGGUGCAGGCUAAACCAGUCACCCAGCUGGUGCAGGCUAAACCAGUCACCCAGCUGGUGCAGGCUAAACCAGCCCCUCCACUCAUACUGGCAAAGCCUGUGACUGUGACCCAGCAGCCACCUGCCACCUCCCCUGUAGGUAAACCACAGCUCCCUCCCUCCACCACCAUCACAAUCCCUGUACCUACCCCCUCUACACACCCUGAAAAAGAAGCCAUCUCACCCCACACAGCCCUUCCAGAGUCCACCCCUCCAGUGAGCACGGAGCUCCCCCAGUCUAGCCCGGGAGACCCCUCUGACUCGGGAGUCGGCACAGAACCCAGUGGACCCUGAAUCUUGAACUCGAGGCCAAGGGGCCCGACAGCCUCUGACUCCAUAUUGACCCUGUGUUUUGAAGUGGAGUCUUCCCUUCCCAUCCUCCAAUCACUGUGCAGUGGAGCUGUAGGACCAUACAGAGGAGGAGAGCUCUGAACCUCCGCUAUGGAGCUCCUAGUUACCAGGGAGCUAGUCUUCAAACUGGAGCUGCAGUGCCAUCCCUCCCUCCACAUCAGAAAACCAGGAAAAGAGAUGAGGAUAAAGGGACUUUGUAUACAUAGCUACACUCUUCUACGUAUUGAUUUAGACAGUGAAGCUAAAACUUUUAAUUUGGCUCUCUACUCCAGCAUUUUGGAUUUGAUUAAUUAUUUCAUGUGAGGUGACUGUACAGAAUGUCACCUUUUUUAUUUGAGGAUAUUUUCAUGCAUAUCUUUUUCACCGUUUAGAAAUAAUCACUUUAUGUAUCUAGUCCCCCAACUUGAAGGUGUUAUACAUAUUUGGUCAAAUUCAGUAGUAUGUGUAUUAAAGUAGUCAAAAGUUUAGUAUUUGGUCCCAUAUUCCUAGCACGCAGUGACAUCAAGCUUGUGAUUCUGCAUUUGCACUUAGCUUUGGCUGUGUUUCAGAAUGUUAUGUCCAAUAGAAAUUAAUAGUAAAUAAUGCAUUGUAAUUUUUAAUUUAAAUAUUACAGAACGUUUCUGAACACAUACCUUAAUCUGGACGCUACCAAGAUUAUGGAUAAUCGUGAAUAAGUGAGAGUGUGAGUUAGAGGCAUAAAUAUCAUACCCCCAAAAAGUGAUGGUGAGAGGUUAGCCUUUCUUGGGGGUCUGAUCUUUGUGCCUCUAACUUAUCAUUAUUCACAGUUCAUGCAAGAUUAUCAGUAAUUAUGGUAGCAUCCACAUUUAAUGUAGAAGUGUUCAGAAACAUAUUUUUUUUGUGACUCCAAAAUGACACAUUGUUGUGCCAAGCAGAAAUGGUAAAUAGUCUGAAACACAGCCAAAACAAACUGCAAAUGCAUCCAACAAGUUUGUAGAGUCACAAGCUGAUGUAGUCAUUGCAUGCCAGGAAUAUGGAACCAAAUACUAAACUUAUGUAUAUUAAAUACUUAUGAUACCUUCAAAUGGACUGUUUUCAUUUAACAGUAAAACAGAUAUGUAGGAAAAUACCCUCAACAGGUGACAUUCUGAACGGUCCCCUCAUAUGAAACAUUUAAUCUCCCAUUUUAAAUGCUGGCGUAUAGAGCCAAAUUAAAAGUUUUAGCUUCGCUGCCCAGAUAAAUAUGUAGGGGAGUGUACAUGCUUUAGAAGCUCUUUGGAUCUCAAACGAUGGGCAAGCCUUAGAUUGUACAUUGAACAUGCUUCUUUUAAUCAAAAACAUAAUAUAAAGGAAGCCUGAAAGAUUUGUGUAAACUUUUUGAUACUCUUCAGCAGGUUACGUACGAUGUAUUCUAAGUUCAAUGCAAGUGUAGUUCUUUUUGUCUCGUAGUUGAAAUCUUUGGGUUUUCCUCUUGACUGGUUGGUUCCCAUCAUCUGGCUAUGGAAAGUAGUCUAGUCCUCCACAGCACUGUCCCUCCACACUCAAUCUUUUUUUUGUGUUAUUAUAUAUAUUUUUUACUGUUCAGAAAAGGGAGCGAAAGGAUGUUUGUGUUAAGAAAAGACAGAUCCAGAUGGUAUAUUCCCACAUUUUGAAGCAUAUGCUAUUUUCAUGUACUCUCAAAGUGUAUUGAUGUAGAUUUUACUGAAGUAUGUAUUAUAAAAAAACAUGAAUUGAAA